GGCAUGUGAAUAAAAAUGUGCGACAAUCUAUCGUUGUUAUUUGAAUGAUUAGCCUUAAAAGCUCUAAUAAGAACGGAAACCUGAAAGUCAAGAAAGAACCCCAUGGCCAUUAUGUGUAUCUACAAUCCACAACAAUUGAGAAACUCCUUUCCAGGACGGAGCAUUAACCUUCCUGUCUAAGACUCUAGCCAUCGACCAAAGUUAGGCAGGUCAAGGUUUACGAUGGUCUGUAUUCUGAUCUAUCAUUUCAGGUGCUGCAGCUCAUCAUUGUGGAGAAAUGGUCAGGAUAACAUCGAUCGAUAUUCUGGGGGUGAAUAUUCUCUGUUAAACUGUAGUGGCAGUGAGCAAUUGGUUUCAAAACAUGGCAGUGAGAAAUUUGUUUCGCAUGUCUAGUUACCAGCUAUUUCUCUGUAGCGUCAAAUUACCAAUCUUCUCUACCAUAUCAUUGUUCUUUACCAUCUCAGUGGCUGCUGUAUUCUUCAUCAUCUAUGAAAAUAUCCUGACUUCGAAUCUUUCGAUGUAUCCUGAACAUAUUACAACAACUGAAAUUAUUACUGCACUAAGCACCACAAGCGAGGGACAAUCCAGGUCGAUUUUUAGCAGCAAGCCACUGCAAAUUAAUACAGAAGGAAAGGUGGAAGGGGUCGAUAAUGAAAACUUGGAUCCUCUAAUUCCUCCAUCCAAUGUCACCAGGGAAGAAAGAAUAGCUUGGUUCCAGAAGAAACUGCCUGAACUUGAGUUAUUCAAAUCAAACAACUUGAGUUCACAAUUCCAUGACCAAGUUCUGGGUUUCUUCGACAGAGACUGUACAAUUCGGUACUUCAUGGUUUGGCUUUCACCAGCUCAGUCCUUUGGACCGAGGGAAUUCGCAGCUUUAGACAGUCUGUUCAAAGCUAGUCCUAAGGGAUGCUUGAUGAUCUUAUCACCAUCUCUUGAUUCCAGGCAAGGAUACAGGAUUCUGAAACCACUAAUUGAUGGCGGGUUUAAAGUUCUUGCAGUUACACCAGACUUGCACUUUCUAGUCAAGAACACCCCAGCCGAGGGUUGGCUUGAUGAGAUGAAGAAUGGGAGCAAGGACCCUGGAAAUAUUUCAUUAUCUUACAAUCUUUCCAACCUGAUUAGGCUUGCAAUACUGUACAAGUACGGAGGAGUUUACUUGGAUGUAGAUUUCAUAAUUCUUAAAGAUUUCAUGGGAUUGAGGAAUGCAAUCGGUGCACAGAGCAUAGAUCCAAUCACCCGGAAAUGGACCAGAAUAAAUGGCGCAGCUAUGAUUUUCAACGAUGCGCAUCCACUUCUACUUGACUUCUUACAGGAAUUUGCCAUGACCUUUGAUGGAAGUAAAUGGGGGCACAAUGGGCCUUACCUGGUUUCCAGAGUGAUUGGAAGAGUAGGAAAUGCUCCAGGUUACAACCUUACAAUCUUGCCACCCAAAACCUUUUAUCCAAUGACUUGGACGAAUAUAGACAGACUUUUUAAGAAGCCCGAGACUGAAGCAGAAUUGCAAUGGGUGGAAGACACGUUGGUCACACUGAAAUCAAGCACACAAGCAAUACACCUAUGGAACCACCGAACCAGAGAUUUUAUGAUCGAGGAAGGAAGCGUGAUUGAAAGACUAAUCUCAGCCUACUGUGUGAUUUGCCAACAGAGGAACAAUCAACAGAUACUGCCCAUUUAAGGAAACACCAUUGCUACAAUUUU